UCGAAGUAUUUUUCCAAAAAAAUAUAUGAUGCAAGUAUAGAGAAAAAUAUAAAACAUUAAAUCGCACGAUAUUUAUAUAAAUCAGCUGUUACAAGCCUUCUUUCUGUUUCUUUCUGUUACGCAAGAAAGAUGGAACAAUGCUCUCGAUACGAAACAGCUGAUUAUUCAAUCAAAAUUUCGUUGUUAAAGUGCGAAGUACAGUUAUCUCGGAUUCAACGUACAGUUACAGUUCGAGUGUAAAUUUGCAAUUAAAAUUGAGAUCAUUCAAAGUGAAUUUAGAAUAGUACGAUCUCUUUUGCGAAAAUGUCACGAUUUUACAAACUUUUUAGAAAGAGAAGAUGCUCUGUAAUUGGGAUGAUACACGUUGGUUCAUUGCCUGGAACACCUUCAUACAAUGGAAAUACCAAACAACUUAUAAGCAAUGCAAUAAAAGAAGCAGUAAUUUAUAGUGAAUGUAAUAUAGAUGGUGUCUUAGUGGAAAAUAUGCAUGACGUUCCAUAUGUAAGGCCCAAAGAUUUAACACCUGAAAUUACAACAAUGAUGACCAGGAUUUGCACAGAAAUAAGAAAAAUAUUAUCUGAAAAUAUACCUUGUGGUAUACAGAUUUUAGCUGGAUGUAACAGAGAAGCAAUAGCUGUGGCAAAAGCAGCAAAUUUUCAAUUUAUCAGAGCAGAAGGAUUUGUUUUCUCUCAUAUUGCAGAUGAGGGUUUUACGGAUGCAUGUGCUGGCACUUUGUUGAGAUACAGAAAACAGAUUGACGCAGAUGAUAUUCUUAUUUUUGCUGAUAUUAAAAAGAAGCAUAGUUCACAUGCAAUCACUUCUGAUGUUAGUUUAUCAGAGACAAUAAAAGCAGCAAAAUUUUUCUUAGCCGAUGGAAUAAUACUGACAGGCGCUGCCACCGGUGAUCCAGCUAGUGUUUCAGAAUUUACAGAGAUUAAACAAACCACUGAAAUACCUGUUCUUAUUGGCUCUGGUAUUACAAAAGACAAUAUAAAAGACUAUUUAACAUCUGACGCGGUAAUUGUUGGAUCCCAUUUUAAAGUUGGUGGAACUUGGGAAAAUAAAGUUGAUAAAGAGAAAGUGAGGAAUUUUAUGGAAAAGUUAAAAAUGUUACAGAACACGCACUAAUACUUACCUUUAAGAAAAUCAAAUUUUACCAUUUUUGUACUCAUUUAUAAUUAUGAUUAUAAAGAUAUACUUUUUACAAGUUAA